AUGCCUGUGGGAAGCAAAAUCUGGAUAACGUUUGCCGAGGACGACACCGAUGCUUGGAAAUGUAUCGCGCUGGUUCGAUCUCUAAAAGCAAGUAUUUCCACGAGACACGCUGUGAUCCUUUUAUCAAAAAAUGUGUCGCAAAAUAUGUGGCUAAAGCUGCAAUCUGAGUUCAAUGCGUGCUAUCUCGUUAUCGAGGACGAAUUAUCUACCAAGGUUGAAUUCCGUACUGGGGCAUUGUGGUACGCGUAUGAAAAUUGGAGUCAUUUUGUCUGGUUGGACUGUAACUGUCUCGUUGUGCGGAACUGUGACGAUCUUUUUCAUCGAAGCGGCGUCCAGUGGGCGGGGAGCAAAGAUGGAGAGGUGGUGCCCGUGUUUCUUUCGAACAUUGUAACAGAAUCUGAGCUGGGAGAUAAAAAAUAUGCCACUUUGAGAGAAAAUGGAAGAUAUUUUGGCAAAGAGUUGGAUUACUGCCAUGUAAUUGACAUGGACAGCUCAACAAAUAAUCCACUUUGCGGAAAGAACCUCAAACUGAUUUAUUUCUCGAAUGGGCACCCACUUGAAUCCACUUCUUAUCAAGAACGAAGCAGAAAGACUGCGAAUUUGGACAAUGAUCUUAAAGAGAAAGCUACCGAGUUAUGUAAACACUUUUGUCCCGAACUGUUCCCUAGCAAUACUAUUCAACCCAUUGCUAACAAAAUUCCUAGCCAAGUUACAAAUUCCAUCGCUAUAGUCGGGAUGGCUUGUCGGUACCCGGGCGUAAAUAGCAUCGCUGAAUUCUGGGAGUUAUUAGUAAAUGGUUUGGAUGGAAUUAGCAAAGUUCCCGAGAGACGAUGGACCAAAGAGAAUGCAUUAGGUCGAAUGGGGAACUGGCGAAAUACGGAGGCAGGCUUUCUUUCCUGCUCGAUAGAAAACUUUGACUCUAAAUUUUUUAACACGAACGCCGCCGACAUGCAAUUUCUCGACCCUCAGCAAAGAUUAUCUCUCCGCGUUGUUUGGGAAGCUUUGGAGCAUGCCGGCAUUGAUCCGCUGUCGUUAAAGAAUUCACUGACAGGAGUUUUCGAAGGAUGGUGGAGAGGAGACUACAAAGAGUUGUUGCAGAUGCAGGGUGCCCUGUUCGACACGGAUUUUCUUCGAGGUUACAUGGGCAACGCUCUUGGUCCCUUCACCGCGAGGAUAUCUCACUUUUUGGAGCUUAUCGGACCAAGUUUCUCUACGGAGAGUGGUUGCUCGACCUCCGUCGUUGGGGUGGAUAUGGCAUGCGACAGUUUAAGAAAUGAGGCGUGCAAUUUAGCCAUCGCGGUGGGAGCGAAGCUACUCCUACACCCGUACACUUUGGGUGAAGGGUUAAUGGAAGGCGUCCUAGCGAGGGAUGGAAGAUGCAAAACUUUUGAUAGUUCUGCUGACGGAUUUGGCCGCGCAGAGGGCAUCGGAGUAUUGAUUUUGAAACGAUAUUCUGACGCCGUAGCGGAUGGUGAUCGCAUUUGGGGAUUGAUUCGAGGUUCCGCCGUGGUGCAGGAGGGACCAAGUAAAAGUAUGGGGACACCAACUGUCGGGGUGGAAGCGAAAGCUAUGGAGCUCGGCCUACAUAGAGCUGGUGUGAAACCUAACCAAGUCCAGUACGUCGAAAUGCAUGGCACAGGUACGCCGGUGGGUGAUCCUAUUGAGGUUGAAGCAGUCUCAAGAGCUUAUUCUAAUCGGGAAAAUAUCCUCACCAUCGGUUCCGUAAAGACUAACAUCGGUCAUACCGAAUCAGUUUGCGGAAUAGCUAGCAUUCAGAAAGUUGUACUUUCGAUGCAUCACGAAAUAAUCCCAGAGCAUCUACAUUUCAAUAAACUCAAUCCGGAAAUAGAUUUGGCUUCCAUUCCCGCACAAAUCCCGCUCAAACAGGUCGAGUGGAAGCGGGCCAUGGAUAAUGGACAACUGCGUAUAGCAGGAGUAAAUUCAUUCGGAAUAACUGGCGCUCAGGCGCACGUAAUUGUUCAAGAACCCCCGUCGAAUGGUUAUCCAUCAGAGGACAUGGAGAUAACCUUUCAUGAUGAAAGACCUCGCAAAAUUUUCACCUUCUCUGCAAAAACCGAGGCUUCCUUCCAUUCUCAGGUGGAGGCUUACAAGACUUUUCUAACAUCGACGGACUGCUCUUUAACUGACAUCGAAGUCACGAUGCAUACUGGCAGAGCACAUUUUCCACUACGUGGCUUUGCAAUUUGUGACACUAAAGAAGAGCUGAUUGCAUCGUUGGAUCUUCUCCGACCAAAACAUGUACCAAAUUCGGGAUCGAAAUUGUGUUUCCUAUUUACCGGGCAGGGAUCACAAUAUAUCGGAAUGGCAAAAUCUCUUUACGAAGAAAGCAUCGUAUUUAGGUCAAAUUUCGAAUUGUGUGAGUCCAUACUAUUCACCGAGCAUGGAAUCUCCAUCAAAGACGCCUUGUGGGAUUCAAGUAACGAGCAGGAUCUUAUAAACCAGACUUUGUACAGUCAAACGUCGAUAUUCUGCGUGGAAUUUUGUCUCCUCAAAUUAUGGGAGUCUUGGGGAGUGGUGCCAGAUGCAGUGAUGGGUCACAGCAUUUUGCCAGCUGAAUUUGUUGCAGCCGUCGCGGCGGGAAUUCUGACUCUUCAUGAUGCUCUAAAACUUGUGGUAUCAAGAUCCAUUUUGAUCGAAUCAUUACCAAAAAGCGGUAUGAUCGUGGUCGGUGCGGAUCUUCAAACAUCAAGAAAACAUUUGGAUAACGCAUUUACCAAUACGAGCCAGAAAUGGCUUGACAUAGCUGCGGUGAACUCGACAGGUCAAACAGUUAUGGCAGGAACAACUGAAAAUAUUCAAGAAUUUCAUACAUAUUGCAAAAAUAAUGGUGUCAAGACUCACGUACUAAAAUCGUCGCACUCAUUUCACUCAAAACUGUUGGAUCUGAUCCUUGAAAAAUAUAAAAGGAUAGUUGACACCAUUGAUUUUUCCCCUGCGACAAAAUGCUCUUUUAUAUCAGCGGUUGACGGAAAAACGAUUACUAAAACUGAUUCGAAUUACUGGGUUCGGCACACUCGAGAGAAAGUUUGUUUCAUGGAAGCGAGCAAGGCGGCGGCAGAUCUUGGAAUGACUGGAUUUAUUGAAGUCGGACCCCAACCUGUGCUGUCAGGCCUACUCUUGGAAAAUAUCGAUGAGAUCGUGGAAAUUUCAAUUCUCGCCCCGUCUCUUAAAAGGAACGAGCCUGAGUGGGAGACGAUGCUUUCCACGCUGGGAAAACUGUAUUUGGCAGGAAUCAAAAUUAACUGGUCAGGUUUCCAUCGGUACACGAACGGAAGGAAGGUAGACGUUCCAGGCUAUCAAUUUGACGAAAUUCCAUACUGGGUGACCGUAAAAAAUAGGAAUCGAACCCAUUUCCAUCCUCUACUCGGUGCCUACGUACCGAACGCUUCAGAUUUGACAAUUUUCAACAACAGCAUCGAUGUGCAGAGGUUACCCUUCUUGAAGGACCAUUCCCUCGGGGAUAAGAUCAUAUAUCCCUGUGCAGGAUAUUUGGACAUGUGCAUGACUUCGUCGUACGUGGCAAGUGAAUGCAAAAGAGGGAUGUUUACUAAGCCAACGAGUAUGCUGACCAUUUCAAAUUUCUCCAUCAUUACGCCAAUCUGCUUAACCGAAGGACAGCCUAUUGAUACACAAGUUGUCGUCUCUCAAACUCCGGAAGGAGGCUUGUGUUCCACCAUUUACUCACAAAUUCAACUAGAUGACCAGGAAAAUAAAUGGGUCAAAAAUGCUACCGCACAGCUUGGAACCUUUACAUCAGAUUUUAAUAAUUUACCAGAAUUGCACGAUAUCAGGAAACGAUGCUAUGACGUCGUAAUGGAUACCUUGGACUACAAAGUCUUUGAGGAAUACGGAUUCAAUUUUGGUCCAACGUUACGUAUAUUGACCACAGUUUGGGGAAAUUCCGGUGGAGAAUACCUCUUCAAGUUUGAAGUGUCCGAAUCGGAUGAAGAUAUUGACCGGUUUAUUAUCCAUCCCUGGAUUGUUGAUUCCAUGUUGCAGGCGCAAAUAAUCAGCAUUUUUAUAUUCACCCGCCCACCCAAGCAACUCUUCGUACCCGUGCAAAUAGCUAGUUUUGCCUGGUUCGGUGGUCACGUGGCACGGUCAGGUUACGUGUAUACAAGUGUCGGAUCCGGAUACAAUGAAGCAUAUUUGUUUGACGAGGAUGGAAAUCGAAUAAGUUGCAUGCACGGGACGGAAUAUAUUCCGACAAAUCUGGGAAAUUUACUGGCACUAAUUGACGCGCAGAAGAAUCCGCUUCCCUCAAUGGCUGAAUAUUCCUGGAGACAGUUUCUGGGUCCGGAAGAGAGGAGAAUUCCUGACGAAGAGAGGGGGUUAAUUUGCCUUAAAGACAUGGUAAAUUCGUGCAAUAUUAAAGAUACUGAAUUUACUCAAGAAGAGGAACAAUUUUACAACAAUUUGCAAGAUUUAGCAGGACUUUAUAUAUUAAAGGUGGCAAAACAGCUUCACCUUGAUAACCAGGAAGAAUGUAAAUGGCCCCAAAUUGCAGAGAGGAUAAAUAUCUCACCAAAAUUUUGUGAAUUCUUUAAACGAAUUUUACGAGAACUUGUUGCCGAUGGAUGGAUUGAAGAAAUUAAUGACUCUGAUUUUAAAAUUAUUCGCAAGUUUCAAUCCCUGAAUCAGCUACAAAAUAUGUAUUAG